CAGAGUCGCGCGGCCGCCGGAAGCGCUGGAGGCAGACCGCAGUCAUGGAUAUAGAUGCUGAAAGAGAGAAAAUAACGAAGGAGAUCAAGGAGCUGGAAAGGAUUUUGGAUCCCAGCUCCUCGAGUAUCAACGUGGAGGUCUCAGAAUCCAGUCUGGAUUCAGACUCCGACGCAGAUUCACUGCCCGAUGAGGACUCGGACACUGCUGGUCCCCUGAUCUCGGAAGAAGACAGGGCAGGUGAGGCCAGCAACGAUGAGGACGACCCCAAGGAGAAAGCCCUCCCAGAAGACCCAGAGACGUGUCUGCAGCUGAACAUGGUCUACCAGGAGGUUAUCCAAGAGAAGCUGGCGGAGGUCAGCCUGCUGCUGGCCCAGAACCGGGAGCAGCAGGAAGAAGUCAUGUGGGACCUGGCAGGGUCCAAAGGCCCCAAGGUGAAGGAUGGCAAGAGCCUGCCCCCAAAUCUGUACAUAGGGCACUUCAUGAAGCCCUACUUCAAGGACAGGGUCACUGGAGUGGGACCUCCUGCCAAUGAAGACACGCGGGAGAAGGCUGCGCAGGGCAUCAAGGCUUUCGAGGAGCUCCUGGUGACCAAAUGGAAAAGCUGGGAGAAGACCUUGCUGCGGAAGUCAGUGGUGAGCGACCGCCUGCAGCGCUUGCUUCAGCCCAAGUUACUGAAGCUCGAGUACCUGCAGCAGAAGCAGAGCAGGGUCACGAGUGAGGCCGAGAGGCAGGUCCUGGAGACGCAGAGCAGGGAGGCGGAGAGCGAGGUCCAAGCUAUCAACCAGCUCCCAGAGGAGGCCUUGCUGGGGAGCAGGCUGGACAGCCACGACUGGGAGAAGAUUUCCAACGUUAAUUUUGAAGGAGGCCGCAGUGCGGAGGAGAUCCGCAAGUUCUGGCAGAACUCUGAGCACCCGAGCAUCAACAAGCAGGAAUGGAGUGGACAGGAAGUCGACCAGCUGAAGGCCAUCGCAGCCAAGCAUGGCCACCUGGAGUGGCAGAAGAUCGCCGAGGAGCUGGGGACCAGCCGCAGCGCCUUCCAGUGCCUGCAGAAGUACCAGCAGCACAACAAGGCCCUGAAGCGCAAGGAGUGGACGGAGCAGGAGGACCGCAUGCUCACCCAGCUCGUCCAGGAGAUGCGCGUCGGCAGCCACAUCCCCUACCGGAGAAUUGUCUACUACAUGGAGGGGAGAGACUCCAUGCAGCUCAUCUAUCGGUGGACCAAGAGCUUGGAUCCCAGCCUGAAAAAGGGGUUCUGGGCCCCAGAGGAAGAUGCGAAGUUGCUUCAAGCAGUUGCCAAAUACGGGGAGCAGGAUUGGUUUAAAAUUCGGGAAGAGGUGCCAGGUAGGAGCGAUGCCCAGUGCCGAGAUCGAUAUCUCCGAAGGCUGCAUUUCAGCUUGAAGAAGGGGCGAUGGAAUUCAAAGGAAGAGGAAAAGUUAAUGGAAUUAAUAGAAAAGUACGGUGUGGGUCACUGGGCAAAAAUAGCUUCUGAACUACCCCAUCGGUCAGGCUCCCAGUGUCUAAGCAAGUGGAAAGUCAUGGUCAGGAAGAAGCAGAGUCGGGGGAGGAGGCGGCGGCGGCCCCCUCGCAGCGUGCGGUGGAGUUCCAGCAGCGAGGACAGCAGCAGUGGGAACAGGAGCAGGCGGGGCAGCAGCAGCAGCAGCAGCAGCAGCAGCAGCGAAAGCAGCGAGGACUCAGAGCCAGGGCCAGAGGAAGCCCAGGAGGGUGGCCAGGCACUGCCCUCGGCACAGCACGCUGUGCCGGACAUGGACUUGUGGGUUCCUGCCAGGCAGAGCACCAGCGAGCUGUGGGGAAGGGGGGCAGGGGGCUGGCCAGGAUGCUCUGCUGCUUCCCCCAGCCCUCCCAAGGGCUCCAGCGCCGCCCAGGGUGGUCACCGGGAAGCUUGCACCACAGAGGAGGUGGGCCAGGCGCAGGCCCUCACCAGGGCACAUAGCACCAGCCUGACAGGCAGCGAGUACACCCGCUCAGUGGACACUCACCCCGAGAGCUCAGAGGGGCCGGCAGACGAGAGUGGGAAGCGUCUGCUGAAGGUGCCCUUGGAGACUGUGCUGCAGGUGCUGAAGACCAACACGGCCACCCGGUGCCGGACCCUGAAGGAGAAGCUGAGGCAGCCGCACCUGCUGCGCUCACCCCUGGGGGAAUGCCCCAGUGGCAGUGGCGUGUCCGGGCCCCGUGUGCGGCAGCUGUGGCACGGUUCUGCCAGGAGCAGGCAGCGGCGCCGAGGACCCGCCCUGCAGAGGAGGCUUCUUGAGCGCCAGCUUCUGAUGGCUGUGAGCUCGUGGGUGGGCGACGUUGUCUUGCCUUGCACUUCCCGGAGGCCCACCGUGGUGCAAACUCAAGCCGACCGCAUCAGGAAGCAGCUGCAGGAGGCCCACCUGGCGAGCACCCCAGCGUUCACCCUCUUUCUUCAGCUGUUCCAGAUUGACACUGCCGGAUGCAUGGAGGUCGUUCGAGAGAGGAAGGCUCAGCCACCCACCCUGCUCCAGGCCGGCACUCAGGACCCGCUGACGCGGCCUCUGCAGGUGCUCUCAAGCGCCCGGAACACCCCAGGCUGCCUCUUCCAGAAAGCACCAGUUCGAGAAGUUGCCAAGAAGAGCACCAUCCACAGAGAGAGAGAGGGGCUGCAGGCCCCCCGCAACGAGUCCACACCACAGGCACCCCCACCAGCACCCUGCGGCCCCCGGCCCAAGCCCAAGACUGUGUCCGAGCUGCUUCGGGAGAAGCGGCUGCGGGAGGCCCGAGCCAGGACAGCCGCCAAGGGCCCUGUGGUCGUCCCGCCCCCGCUGCUGGGCUCUUCGCCUGUGACCAUCCAGCUCCGUCUACCACUGGUCCCCCAAGGCCCCCCAGCCUCAGGUCCAGCCGUCUCAAAUGCAGCUCUCUGUGGGCCUGGGGCCCCUGCAACAGCCAGUGCAAGUACUCCAGGCUCCUGGGCCUCAGCCAAGGACGAGAGACCCUACACCCUGCAGGCCUUGGCCCUGGCUGUGAAGGCCCCAGCUGCCCCUGUUGCUUCCAGGGCCCCAGUUCUGGGCCCUGGCCAGGUCCCUGGGGGCUGCCCUCUGAGCAGUUUCGGACAGUCUCAGGCACCUGCCACUUCCCGGAAGCAGGGCCUGCCCGAGGCACCACCCUUUCUCCCUGCAGCUCCCAGCCCUACUCAGCUGCCCAUCCAGCCCCUCAGCCUGAUGCCAGCUCUGGGCACGUGCAGGACUGGGCCACACGUGGCAGUCAGCAGCCCUCUGCCCGUCACCUGGGUGAUCACAGCCCAAGGCCUCCUCCCUGUGCCUAUGCCAGCGGUAGUGGGCCUUCCCCAGCCAACAGGGACCCCUGACCCCAAAGGGCUGUCAGUGACUCUGCCACCCUCCGUGACUGAGACUGAGGCGGGCCAGGGCCCCAGGCUCCCUGGGUUGAGCCACCCUUGGCAGCCCCCAGCCAACAGGGACACAGAGUCAGACCCUCCAUCCAAGUUAGACUUCUCCACCCUUCCCACAUCGCCCCGAUCCCAAAGCCCUGCAGAAGUGGACAGCAACGUGGCCCAUGCUCCUGGGGGCCUCUCCUCCCCUGAAGAGGCCCAAGUGGCCGGAGAGACAACUGCACCCAGGACAUCCUCCCAGGCUACACUCCGGGCUGACCACCCUGAAGCAGAGCCUCCCCAGUCCAGCCAGCUGCCUCCACAAGGUGGCACUGGCCCAGGGGGGACACCAGGGCCUCCCUCAGAACCAGGGGAGCCCCGGGGGCCUCUGGGCCUGGAGAGGCUGCCCGCAUCCCAGCCUGGGCCUGAGAAGGGUGCCUUGGGCCUGAGUCUCCUCUCUCAGGAGAGUGAGGCAGCCGUGCGCGAGUGGCUGCGGGGGCAGCGAGGGGUGUGUGUGCCCGCCCUGGGGAGAAGGCUGGCCUAUCAGCCCCCAACCCUGUGCAGCCUGCGGACACUGUCUGGCCUCCUGCUCCAGAAGAAGGCCUUGGAACGCAGAGCCGCCUCCCUUGUGCCUGGUGGGGUGGCCGGAGCCCUGCAUGCCUCGCGGGGGCUGGUGCACAGGCGGCUCCAGGACAGCCCGGCCUACCUGCUGCUGAAGGCGCGCUUCUUGGCGGCCUUCACCCUCCCCGCACUGUUGGCCACCCUACCCCCCGAUGGCGUCCCCACCACCCUGUCGACCACCACGAGGGCCGACUCUGAGAGUGAGAAUGACAGCCUAGGGGAGCUGGAGCUCGCUGAUGGUGGCAGGCAGCUGGGCUCCUCAGUCAGCAGUCCCCAGGCCGAACCAGCGGCCACAGCCUCUGUUGAGGGAACUGCAGACUCUGACAAGGGCUGUGCCCCGUGCUGCCUGGAUAGUCUUGACGACCUCGAUGUGCUCAGAACCCGGCAUGCCCGGCACGCCCGGAAGCGGAGGAGGCUGGUGUGAGCAGCAGGGACUGCCCGGAGCCCAGACACCCAUGGCUCCUGCUGACAGGAAGUGGGACCCACACCGGGCCCUGGCAAACCUGCCAGCGACCCCUCAGGAGGAAGCAGCGGGAAGUCGGGGGAGGCUCUGCCAUGUGUGACCGCGGCAUCACAGGGGCUCGCUGGUGCCCAAGUGCAGACCGAAAUACCUGAAGAAAUAAAGUAAACGUCC